CUUUUCUAAGUACUCUUUAUAUAAAGAAAAAUAAAGCGCUGAAUUCAAUCUAAAAACAAACAGAAAAAUAGAUUAAAUAUGUCCUAAAUUAUUUCAUCUAGUAUGUCAUCAAGUCAGAUGGACGUUGGGGAUUGUAGGCAAGAUGAUUUACAUAGAAGUCAGCUAGCGCAGAAUGGCACAAAGCUUCCAAGUAUUGAUGACUUUGUUUUCAUUAAGCCUAUCAGCAGAGGAGCUUUUGGAAAGGUGUUUUUGGGACAUAAGAAGGGAAAGCCAGAACAGCUGUAUGCUAUUAAGGCCAUGAAGAAAUCUGACAUGAUUAAUAAGAACUUGACAAAUCAAGUUGUUAUAGAGAGGGAUGCUAUGGCCAAAGUGUUAAGUCCAUUUGUGGUACAGCUCUUCUAUAGUUUCCAGUCACAGCAAAACAUAUUUUUGAUCAUGGAAUAUUUGAUUGGAGGAGAUUUAAAAAGUUUACUGACUGUGGCUGGUUACUUUGAUGAGCCCAUGGCCAUUAUGUAUGUUGCCGAGGUGACGUUGGCCCUGGAAUAUCUCCAUAGCAAGAGGAUUAUCCACAGGGACCUAAAACCAGACAAUAUGCUUAUAAGCAACAGUGGUCACAUCAAACUGACAGAUUUUGGGCUGUCAAAGAUCAACAUGAGCUUUAAUCAUCAUGACAUUCCCAUGACUCCAAAAACUCCUAUGACACAGUAUCAACGAAACUUUGAAUACUUUCGUACACCAGGUCAGAUCUUAUCUCUGAGAAGUUCACUUUUAUUCAGUGCUGAGAAACAGCAAUCAAGUGUAUCCAGAAUAUCUGAUAAACAUGUGACCCCUCAAAGUCCUCUGAGAGAGAUAUCAUCAAAUACUGCUGAAUCAAAUAUAACUGAAAUGACUUCUGGUACACCAAGAUUACCUCCUCAUAAGUUGUUGAAACAGAAAUCCAUGAGAGAUAUAUUGUUGUCAAAUUCUAUAUCUAAAAGUAUGAUGCCAGUGUCAACCCCAGGAGAACCUGGUCGGAAGAAAGCUCCGGUUUCAAGCCUUCAGUCAACACUAGAGGCUUCACUGAACUGGACACAAUCCACAGAUAGCAAGAGUGAUAGCACACACCACAGUACUGUUAACAUCAGUGAUUUAAGCUCUAUAGCACCCAUGUCUCGUCCCAUAGGACUGUCUGUGACAGGGAAUGACAGUUUAAAUCCACAUCAGAAAGAAUCCAUAAUGUCAGCGGAUGGUAGUGACAUUCAUGUAUCAGAUCACGGUGAUAAUUUUGAAGAAUCUGAUAAUGUGUUCCAAACUGUUCCUGAAACAGGGUUACAUGGAAGUUUAGAGUGGACUGACAGUGAUUUGAAAAAUCUGAAACAAUCCAGUCAGGCUUGUUACUGUCACGGGUCUAUAGGUAAUGUAGCAGAUUGCACCGAGUGUAAAAGUCACAUGAAGGCACCAUCCAGACAAGAGAAGUUUACAGACGACACGCCACAGAUGCAUCGAACUGACGAGUCUGUUUGGAAUUCUUACGCUGCAAAAAACUUACAAGCUCUGAGAAUGGGCUCAUAUACCUCCGAGGACAGUGAUAGUGAUUGUAAAGAAAAUGAAAAGCCGAGUGGAAAUACACCACAAAAUGUUAUUUAUAGAAAUUUGAAAGCCAAAUGUGAUAGUGAACCUAUUAUCAAGCACAAUUCACGUAAACUUGUCAAAGCAAAAAGUUUUUGUUAUCCUUCAGAUGAUGAAUCCGAUGAGGGAAUGCGCUACCAAAGUCACGUCAAGUUUGCUCGUAAAAGAAGUUUCUGUGACGUGGAACAGAGCCCAGUUCGACGAGCCUCAAGUGCAGAUACUGGGCUUACCCAAGAGUUCCGGCUUCUAAGAUUUAAUGGAUGUGAACCAUUUCCAAAGAGGAGCAGUAGUUUACCGAGGACAAGGAUUCGCUUCAAUAGUGGCUCAGAUACUUGGAAGAGAGAGCCUGUUACAUCAAAGCUUGGUAAGGAGCAAGAUUUUGAGCGACCAGAAUGCCUAAGGAAUGUAGAGAAAAGCAGCACAGACUUGCCCGAAAACUUGAUAGCUCUGUCUGCCGAUGAGCAACGUUUGAUGGAAAGUUUGAGUGAUACUUCGGCCACAGAAUCUGACCUUCAGUGUAAAGACAAAGACGUUAACGCUGUUUUUAUGCAUGGUCUAGAUAGUGUGGAUAAUAUAGCACCAAAUGAGCCGAUCUUGCAUGGGAAUAUCGAAUCGUUUCCCUUCAAUAAACACUUGACGAACCUUAAGAAACCAUUUGUGUCGAGUCUAAGGUCAGAAAGUGAGGUAGGAGGAGCAAGUCUGGACAUAUCGAGUAUAAACGCAAGUGAAGGAGCUCAAAGUUCUCUAGAUCUUGAGGAUAAAAAUAGAUCUGUUUUCAUGUCCAACAAUGACAGUGUGCAUGAACACUCAAGACACAGGUCUCCAUCACCCCCAGUACGACACAGAGAUCGGAGUGCAGCUUUACCGUCACAUGAUACACCUUUGUUACCACCUCCACCUGUUAAAUCAAGGAGACCUUCAGGAAAGAAGACACCAGCAAAGAUCCAGUUUGCUUCUGUAGCCUCAUGUAUACCACCAUAUGUAUACAAUGAGUCACGCAGUAGAAACAGCUCGGGCAGAUCAGAUAUUCCUAUGACCCCUGAACCUAUUUCUAGAAAUAAGGUGAAUUUCUGUACACCAAAUAUGAAUCACCCCCAUACACCAAAGACCCCUCUUCAGAAGCCGUUUCUUAGAUCACAUUCUUUUGCGUGCCCAAUCAAGACACCCUACAGGACCCCAAAAUCAGUCAGGAGAGCCCCACCCCCAGAAGAAGAGGAACGUAUCUUAGGAACACCAGAUUAUCUUGCCCCAGAAGUUUUACAAAUGCGUCCACAUGGUCCAGGAGUAGACUGGUGGUCCCUCGGUAUCUGUAUGUUUGAGUUCCUUACAGGAGUUCCUCCAUUUAAUGAUCAAACUCCAGAUCUUGUGUUUGAUAACAUCUUGAAUAGAGAUAUACCAUGGCCAGAAGGGGAAGAGGCUUUGAGUGAGGAAUGUAGACAAGCCAUAGAUGCUCUGUUGACCAUGGAACCUAAAAACAGACCUGGUGCUAAAG